AUGCAUAACUCUUUGGUUUCUCUGUUGCUGCUUGCAGUAACUGCUGUUUACGGGCAGCAGGACUUUUACUGCAAUGGUGGUACAAGUGCUAACCCUUCAAUCCGCUGCAAAUCAGGACAAUAUGUCUAUUGCUGUGUUACUAUUGGGGAAGUUAAUUAUAGACCGGAUCUUAAACAGGGAUUUCCUAUACAUCGCACAUGCGGAACAAACGAAGGUAGAUGCUCCGUAAAGAACAAUGCUGGAAACGAUUUGUAUGGAACCCCUAGUUGUUGUUAA